AUGCUGGAGCGUUUUCUUAAGUUGUCUGCACUUGUAGCUAAAAUAUUACCCACAAAAAGUCAAUCUUACAAACAUACUCCUGACAUGGUUGCAUAUUCGCAACUUCAUAUACUAAAUGACCUUAUUGCACUUCUCCGUUCUUCCAAAGAAGCUACUGAUGAGAUAAGUGGGGAGAAGUAUGUAACUUCUAGUUUAGCGAUUCCCAUCUGGAGUUUAUUGCGUCAAGUAACAGAUCAGUCAACUCCAUCAACCGCUCUAGGGGAAACGGUAAGAAAAACAUUACUGGAGAAAAUUGAUGAAAAACUCGUGUCUUUUGAAAAAAACACCUUCCUCUUAGCUGCAAUAAUAUUGGACCCUCGGUUUAAGCGUCUGCAUUUUACGUCUCCAAUAGCUGUCUCAAAUUCAAUAACAAAAAUCAGCAAUGACAUUAGAUCAAAGCACCGGGGAAGAGGCCAGCGUUUCCCAGUCCCACGACCAGUUCAAGCAACACCAGAAACUGGUAAGUUAUCUAUUUGGUGUAGGCAUGAGAAAUUGAUUAAUCUCAGCAUGAAUAAAGCAGAAAUACCAAGCUCUGGUUCUGUCCCUAAUGAGCUGAAGCAAUAUUCGGACCAACCACAUCUGGACAGAAAAUCAGACCCAAUAGAAUUUUGGCAUCCUCAGUAUUAUCCGAAAGGCUUGCUUCGGCUGUAA